AAAAGCAGAGGAGAACAAUAACAGCAGCCAUUUUUUAUGGAAUAAUUAUGAAUCGAAACUUAUAAGUAAUUCACGUUGUUCUUAGUUAAAACUAAAGUAUAAGUAAAAGUAUAGUAAUUGGUUCGGUUACGGAGAUAAAACCCGUCGGUCGCGAGACUGCUGAAAAAGAUUCAACUCGACUAAAGAAGAAAAUGGAGGAAGUGACGGGAGGGUGUAGUACGCGUCGACAAGAGCGAGAAGACACGACGCGCUCCAUACUGUGAUCAGCCAGUUCUGUUGUAUUGAUCUAACUCUGUGUUGUGUCAGAAUAAUGAAAUCCACGGUUCGGACACUUCGUCUGUACAUUUUCGGUGUUUAUGCUGUCCUCACAUAUGGAGCUAAAUGUGGGCCAAGUGAAUAUCUAUCAGCAGCUGGAGAAUGUUGUCCUAUGUGUAGUAUAGGGUCGGUGGUUCUCAGAGACUGCUUUGGUGAUUACAGUACAUCAUGCAAACCUUGUUCCAAAGGAACGUUUAUGAAUGAACCUAACGGCCUUAACAAAUGUUUUUCAUGUAAAUCCUGUGACACAGGCUUUUAUAUUUUGCAAGAGUGUACCACAAUAAAGGAUACAGUAUGUGAGGUCUUGGAUGGAUAUUAUUGCAUGCAAUACUCAGAUAGAGAAUGUUCUCUUGCAUUGAAACACAGUGAAUGUGAACCAGGGCAGCAAGUAAAGACUCCAGGCACUAAGGCCUCAGAUACAGUUUGUGAGCCGUGUCUACCAGGAUUUUAUUCUCCUAAAGGAGUGAACUGCACUAAAUGGACUGACUGUUGGGUCAAUAAUGAGAUUGAGGACCAAGAAGGCACUUCCAUUACAGAUGUUCAGUGCAAACCAAGAAGGACAAGAUAUGGUGUCAUCGCAGCUAUUCUCACACUUCCUAUACUGACUGUUAUAGUUCUACAUCUGUCGCACAGAGAAGAAAUCAAAGGUAUCACAAAAUUAACAAGUCCUGUAGAAGAAACAGGACUUGAAGCUUCAUUAUGUGUCCCAUCAUCCAGUAAUCCGGUGGUAAAAAAGGAAACAGAUUCGCCAGCUGUAACCUGAUUGGAACAAGGAACACAUUGUACAUGUGAGAACAUUGCUAAUUCCUCCACAAGGAUUUAUUUCAGUGUGUUAUGAAACCAGCAGCGGUAUAAAAGGAGAAAUAGACAUUUUUUGUUUGGAAACCCACACAAACUCUCCUCAAGGCAGAGGGGGAUCGUGCUACAGUACAUUAUUUCCAGUACAGUACAUUCAUGGAUGUUAUGGUGCUACAUUUGGAUAAUUUUUUAUAACCAAACCCUGAUUGAGACUUCAACAGAACUUUGAUUUGGACUUGUUUUGCUCCUGCUUGUUUGUGAUUCUUAUUGUUGGGUAAAUUUACUAACACACUCUGGACCAGGAACAUGAAGAUCAUGUAACAGUUUUAUUCAGCUUCACUCCAUUUAAAUAAUUAUGUCACUUCUUCUGGAAACUGGUUACAUCUGAACCAAUUUAGAGUUCAAUACUAAUUUAGAGUUUUACCUGUUUUAAAUAUAUGCAAUCACAACAUUUACAUUUGUAUUUUUAAUUAAUUUAGCAAACUUUGCUUUGGUGUCGAGUGCAUUUUCCUAUCUUUUAACUCAUGCUCCAAGAGAAAUGAAUUUUUUGUCUAAUUUUUAGUAGAUCUUAGAUUUUUUAUCUUACAAUCCUGUUGCCCAUUGUGAUGUAGUCACAUGUUAAUGUAUAUACAAUUGUUCAUAUCACAUAUUUACAUAACAUUGAGGUAUUGUGUACAUUUAGCCUGGCAGUCAUUUCAAAAUUAUUUUAUUGAUCUUGUGUAAGCCUGUUCCCAUGAAACAUAUUGGAAUGGUAUUAUGCAUCGGUGUAACUUAAAUUUGGAAACCCAACAGCUUCAGUGUGGUGUGAGCAGAGGAACUGGUGUAGGGGGCUUCAAAAAUAACCAUUUAAAGACAAUGUUGCCUGUAGAAAGGGUUGUCACAGUCGUUAAUGAGUUAAUAUGCUGGCCAGAGGAGGAUGAGCUUUCCCUACUGAAACUUCCUUUCACAGUUUAUUCUGGGGUUUUUUUCUUCCUUGCCAUUGUUGCUUACUAAUAAUUAAAACACUGAUUAUGCCUGUUUAACUGAUUUUAACAGUACUCACAUUCAAAACUGUAAAAAUGCUAAACAUUAUACUCUGUUUGAUAUUAAAAUGAUUGUAGAAAUUUUUAGUACAAUGUAUUUUAAAGUCCCCGUGAACUGCCUUGAAACGCGCAGUGUUAUUUGAUGUGUUGAUGACACUUGUGCAUUUGAUUGGACGGAAAAUCUGUUGAGAAGCAGACGUGCAGAAUGUCAUCAGUGGGGGCAUGUCAUCUGCUGGUGUUGGUCCACUGUGUUUUCUCAAGUCGAGAGUCAAUGCAGCAUCUACCAGGAGAUUUCAGAGCACUUCAUGCUUCCAUCUGCUGACAAGUUUUAUGGAGAUGCAGAUUUCCUUUUCCAGUAGGACUUAGCACCUGCCCACAGUGCAAAAACUACUAGUAACUGGUUUGCUGACCAUGGUAUUACUGUUCUUGAUUGACCAGCCAACUCACCUGACCUGAACUCCAUGGAGAAUCUAUGAGAGACACCAGACCCAACAAUACAGUUGAGCUGAAGGCCGCUAUAAAAGCAACCUGGGCCUCCAUAACCUCAGCAGUGCCACAGGCUGAUUGCCUCCAUGCCACGCCGCAUUGAUAAAGUAUUUCUUGUUUUUGUUUUGAAGCAUGAAUAAUUUGGAUGGUGUAGCCAAAACCAGUAAAAAUCAAAGGCCUUUUUCAAUUAUUGUUUAAUGUAAAUUACUUUUUUACUGUGUUGUAUAAAAAAGUGCCAUUAGUGCAAUAUUAAGUACUGUUAAUAUUUUCUUUUUUGUGUUUAUUUUGUUUUACAUCACAGUGCUGUUGAAUGCUCGAUUCUGAUUGGUCUGAAGGUGUUGAUUAUUUUUCAAAUAACAGCAGCUCUGACAGAAGUUCCAGCUGCAAGGCAAAUCACAAGUUUAUAUUAAUGCACUUGUUCUAAUACAUUAUUGUUUUUAUAACCUGCACAGGAACUUACAUUACAGGACUUAACAAAAACGGAUAAAAAAAAAAAAAAAAGAUAUGUAAUCAUUGAUCUGUUGAAAUUUUCUCUGAGGAGAUGUUUCU